AUGUCUUCCUGCACAACCCUAACAACCAUGUGCCCCACCUGCGUGCGCACCCUGCAAGCCAUCCUCUCCACGCGUCCAGGCGUUUCUAUUAACCCCAUGCCAGCAAAGACCUACCCCGUCGCCUUCCGCGCCUCCUUCCCCGAACACUCCAUCCCCUUCGACUACGCCGUCCGCGUGGCCAACGCCGUUGAAAAGACGCUGCUCGAUGUCUUUGGCCAGCGCAUGCCCGUCCUGGCAUUCAAUAGCUUUGAGGACGUGGUCACUAGGGAUAGUAAGAUAUACGUCUCCAUCCUUAUUGAGUUUCCUGGUGAGGAUGGGGAUGUUGUUGCUAAUACUUUCUCGGGGGUUAGUGAGGGGCUGAAGGGUGAGGGGUGGGAGUGUCUUUUGCCCCGCCAGGGGGAGUGUCCGUCGACGUUUUGGUUGAGGUGGCAUGCUGAUCCGAUGAAGUUGUGA